GUUCCUCCUCUUCUUGGACGGAGUUUGCACGACUUUACACCAGCGGAUCUCCCCAUCACCUCCCGUCGGGUUUCUGUCUCCUUCUUUGGUGCGGACGCGCUUGUUUCUCUCCGAUUAAAACGCGCUGGAUUAUCUACAGGUGUUUGGAACUGGACUAACUGGAACUGCUUUUCUUCUGUCACACGCGUAAAUGCAACCCCGGUGGUGGAAGAUGGAAUCGUGCCCCCUGGGAGCGCCGUAGAAAACCCACGGGACGCCAUAGUUCACUCACUGACAGAUACAAGAGGAAGAUCACCAAUCACAGCUCCAGAGUCGCUGGUUAUUCUGACAUCAGUCGCCGAAACAAGGUUGUCCAUCGGCAGUGCUGGUGCUUCCUAUGGACCUCCGGGUGGGAGAGCGGGGGAUGCGCCCCGGCUCCGACACGGCGCUCCUCACCCCGCUGCACCCACCUUUACUCCUCACAUCCUUCUCCCCGCAGCCCCACCCCUCCCUCUCCCAGCAGCAGCUGCACCAGCAGAUCCGGUUUAACAUGGAGCAGCGGCGGCGGGAGCAGGAGCACCACGAGAAGCAGCAGGAGCUGCAGCAGCUCAAACACAAAGACAAAAGUCAACAGAGCGCGGUGGCGAGUUCCCUGGUGAAGCAGAAACUUCAGGAGGUGAUUCUCAAGAAGCAGAAACAGGCGGCGCUGGAAAGAACCAACUCCAACUCGCUGUCGGGACACCCCGUGGCGUACAGAAAGCUGGGCCCGGACCCGAGUGCACCGUCCCAGGCUCUGGUCUCGUCUCCGCCGCUGGCUCAAUCCGACGGCCCGGAGGGAACGCCGCUGCGCAGAGCAGCGUCGGAGCCGAACCUGAAGGUGAAACACAAGCUGAAAAAGCACCUGAACACCCGCAAGAGUCCGCUCACCCGCAAGGAGAGCGCCCCGCCCACCAUCAAGCACAGAGCGCCGGACGCCCUGGACUCGUCCCCCAGCAGCAGCAGCACGCCGGCCUCCGGCUGCAGCUCUCCCAACGACAGCCUCCCCAGCGAGAACGGACUGCUCCCGUCCGCCGGCCACGGCCUCUCGCACGAGGUUGGGGAGGCAGCACUCGCUCACGCUCACAAAAACCUCCACAUGAACAGAACGCUGGCCCAGAAGCUGCUGCUCAGAGACGGAACGCUGGCCAACUUCACCAUCCAGAGCCCGUCCACCCUCCCCACCAUCACGCUGGGCCUGCCGGCCAACGCCCGGGUAAACGCCCGGGCCGACGGAGAGCUGUCCUCUCUGAAGGUGGGUCGGGUUCCCGUGGUUACGGCCGGGGGCUCGCCGGUCUUCCUCCCCCUGGGCAGAGACGACCAGGGGGGACAGAUGAACCCACACCUGCCCGUGAUCAUCCUGGAGCCGUCCGGCCUGGUGCACCCGCCGCUGCUCGCCGUUCAGGGCCUGGACUCGGUCCCCCUGCACUUCGCCCCCCAGCUGGACCACCUGUCCCCCGGAGGGCCCCAGCCCCACAAGCCCCUGAGCAGGACGCGCUCGGAGCCGCUGCCGCAGAGCCCGCGCGCCCUGCACACGCACCUGCUGCAGCAGCAGCACAGCACGCAGCUGCUGGAGCGGCUCAAGCAGCAGACGCACCUGGGGAAGCUGAUGUCCAAGUCCAGCGAGAAGCCCAGGCUGCACCAGAUCCCGUCGGAGGACAUGGACUCGGAGGACGGCGGCGCCACGUCGCCCACGGAGCCGACCUAUCACAGCAGAGCCCGGGCGGAGUCGCUGAGGGAGGUGGAGCCGACGGCGUGCAAGACCCACGAGGAGCAGCUCAACCUGCAGCACGCGCUCAUCCUCAACCAGUCGUUGCUAUGGGAACAGCAGAAGCAGCUGCAGCAGCUGCAUCGGCAGAUGGAGACGCUGGCCGUGCCGGUGCUACGCAGCAGCAGCAGCAGCAGCGGCGGCGGCGGUGCAGGGGUCGGCUGCAGUCUGAGCGUCCAUCGCCCCCUGUCCCGGACACAGUCCUCCCCGGCCUCCACCUCUCUCACGCUGCCGGAGAAACCGCUGAGCCUCACCGCACAGGAGACCAAGCCUCGCUUCACCACCGGUCUAGUGUAUGAUUCCCAGAUGCUGAAGCACCAGUGCACGUGUGGGGACAACAGCAGCCACCCGGAGCAUGCUGGGAGAAUCCAGAGCAUCUGGUCCCGGCUGCAGGAGCGAGGUCUGAGAGGACAGUGUGAGAGCAUCCGCGGGCGGAAAGCCACGCUGGAGGAGCUGCAGUCGGUCCACACGGAGCGCCACGUGCUGCUCUACGGAACCAACCCCCUCAACAGGCUCAAGCUGGACAACCGCAAACUGGCCGGAAUCCUCUCUCAAAGGAUGUUCGUGAUGUUGCCGUGCGGAGGUGUCGGGGUUGAUAAUGACACCAUCUGGAACGAGUCGCACACCUCCACGGCGUCGCGCAUGGCGGCGGGCAGCGUCGUGGAGCUGUCGUUCCGCGUGGCCAAGGGAGAGCUGAAGAACGGCUUUGCUGUGGUCAGACCGCCGGGGCAUCACGCAGACCCCACCAGCCCCAUGGGUUUCUGUUACUUCAACUCGGUGGCCAUCGCCGCCAAGCAGCUGCAGCACAAGCUCAGCGUCAGCAAGGUCCUCAUCGUCGACUGGGACGUUCACCACGGCAACGGCACCCAGGAGGUGUUCUACAGCGACCCCAGCGUGCUCUACAUCUCGCUCCAUCGCUAUGACGAUGGGAACUUCUUUCCUGGCAGCGGGUCCCCGGCCGAGGUCGGGUCCGGAGCUGGCCAGGGCUUCAACGUGAACGUGGCGUGGACGGGAGGCCUGGACCCGCCCAUGGGAGACGCCGAGUACCUCGCUGCAUUCAGGUCUGUGGUGAUGCCCAUCGCCCAGGAGUUCUCCCCAGACGUGGUCCUGGUGUCGGCCGGCUUCGACGCGGCCGAGGGAAACCCCGCUCCCCUGGGAGGGUACAAGGUCUCCGCCAAGUGUUUUGGGUUCCUGACCCGCCAGCUCAUGUCCCUGGCCGGCGGCCGCCUGGUCCUGGCCCUGGAGGGGGGUCACGACCUCACCGCUAUCUGCGACGCGUCUGAAGCCUGCGUCAGUGCGCUGCUGGGAAUACAGGAGCCGAUGUCGGAAGAAGUCCUGCUCCAAAAGCCCAAUGCCAACGCUGUCCGCUCCCUCCAGACCGUCAUCCAGAUCCAAAGUCAGUACUGGAAGAGCGUGAAGGCCGGCGCCGGCGCCGUGGGACUGUCCUACCUGGCGGCCCAGAGCCGGGACUGCGAGGAGACGGACGCCGUCAACGCGCUGGCCUCGCUGUCCGUGGGAGUGAUGUCCGGAAAGAGCCUCCCCGACGAGCCGAUGGAGGACGACAGCGAGCCCAUGUAGGAGAACCCCAACCGAUCACCUCACCGCUUUCAGGACGCGCCUCGUGGCCUCGUCCGUCGCCUCGGACCCUCCGGCGCGGGGUCACGUGACCACGGAGGGCGACGCCCCCCGCUGAGCCCUCGCCCGUUCUUCACACACACGGACACGCCAUGCUGAAGCUGCAGCGCCCUCGGACCGCCGCCGGGGAAAACCUUCGGAAACCUCGCAAUGAGCAAUACCAGACAGUGUGUUUAAGUGUGUGUGUGUGUGUGUGUGUGUGUGUGCGUGUGUGCGUGUGUGUGUGAGCACAAACCAGAGUUCACCUCUGACUUGCCUUGAAGCUCCACGUCCCAGCAGCUGCUCUGGUGCCUUAACUUUUUGCCUUAACUUAACGACCAACAUCAGGUUUCAGGGGGGGAGGAGUCACCGUUUUUAUCACUUUUUACUACUUUCCACCGCGUUGCUUCACAUAUCAGUCAGAUUUUGACCAAACAGGAUGCAAAAAAAACCUCAAAACUACUCAGAAUGGGGGGGGGGGCGUGGCCACAGCUGGAAGACACGGACAAGGACAAGGACAAGGACAAGGGCGGGGCGUUGCCUGUUUGAUGAUGUCAUUACACGCAGUUUAACCACUAGACGAAGACGGCAAUGAACUCUGAAGGAAAAGAGAGAAAAUGAAGACAUAGACAACUGUGGUUUUGUGUAAACAAAGAGAGGACAGUCGUCCUUUGUUGUUUUAUUGCACUGUUCAUUCCAUAAUGUGAACCAUGAGAAAUUCCAAAGCUCUGGGAUAAGACGAUUCCUCCUUGUUGUUUAUUUAAUAGUUGUUUUUUUUUUUUGUUUUGGAUGAUUUGAAUGAAGCGGCGUCUCGCUCUGUUUUUCCCGGUCUCCACCCGAGACGAGCGCCGGAGCUGAGAUUCCCGCUGAGAUGAACUUCCUCGGAUGGGAAUCUGAAAAGUGGUUUGAGAUUCUGAGACGGAGACCACUUUUUCUCUGCUGUUUCGGUGUCUUAUUUCUGUCGUUCACACUCGUAUAGAAACAUCCACACACUUGUACAAAGCGACGUUGUACCACUAGUAUUGAAUACUGUACAUAAAUGUUUAUAUUUGAGACUAAAGGAGUGUCUAUUCCACCCCAGCGCCACUGAGGACCAGUGUAUUGUUUGAUGCUAGCAAUACUGUUAAUGCACUUACAGGACAUCACCCAAACACAGCUGCCUUAAAACCACCGGAUCUGGGCGACGGGAUCGUUUCCAAGCAACGCCAGCGCAGGCGUGGACGCUUGGGACGCACAACCAUCACACCUGUGGAUUAACGGGGACUUCACACAUGCAGUCCCUCCUAUACUUGUUUAUGAGUACAAUGACCCGUUAAGGUCUGAAUGUGUUCUUCGUUGUCUUAAAGAAAAAGAGAAAAUUAUUUGGUUUUGUUGGUUGAGGGAUUGUUUUUCACUUCCCUCCAUCUUUUCUCCGAGACCACAUCUUUAUCAGUGAUGCAGAUCAUUUUAUUGUAUUUUAUUUUAUUUCUUUUCUUUGCUGACGUCUCGCUGUAGCGAGUACAGCUAACCUGGCCAGCCAUGCCCUCGCCCUUAAAGGAGCAUGAGGCUCCUUUGAAGAAAUGAGACUCUCUAGCGCCACCUUCACCACGACGGCCGUCGGGGGUACUGCAGCCAACAGCGAAGCCGGCACGGGAGAACGGGGAGAACGUGCAUGUAGCGUCAUGUGACGUCACAUCCGCAGGACAGCGCGGGAAAUUUGGGCCCCGAAUUGCAGCACAUUUUGCAGCACACAGCCUGUUCAAGGCAACGGAGAGAUACACUAGAGGAAUCAUUCUUUUUGGUUUGGAACGCUUCAUCUGACAUUAUUACUAGAAAACUUAAAACGUAUACAAAUUUUUUUCAUAAAUCCUGCCUCAAUCCUGCCUCAUGCUCCUUUAACGGAAACUAUUUCUCGUGAAAUUGGCGCGGCACCCCUCCCGUUCAGAACACCGGUAUCAAACGUACCGAACCUUACCGAACUUUAUGGUGCAAAAACAGUCCCAAAACUCGUAGAAAUGAGUGAUAACUGAUACAGGGGUUGCCAUUCAAAGCGGCUGUGAUGGCGGCCGUUACACGACUCCGCCUCUCUGAUUGGUUGUUUUUCCAUCCACAAAAAGUGGGAAAUGUCCUUUUAUCAGACAGAAUGAUGAUGAUCAUGGCUGUUCGGGCUGAGUACAGGUCCUGCAUCCCAAGAAGUAAAGAUAUCAUAUUGUUUUUCUUGGAUUGGCGGGGAGCUUUUCUGUAUCUUGUAGUCUUUUUUUUGCAUACAGAGCUUGACCAGUUUAGGUUUUUGCCCACGUUACGGUUGCAAUCUAAUUCCUGGUCAGUGAAAACCUAAACACGUCUUAAUUUGCUAAUUCUUUUUGUCGGCCAAGAAAUGUUUAGGUUUUUUUUUUUUUUUUUUUUUUACUAAAAACAGUCUUCUACAGCUGAAUCUUAAAUUCUAAUUUGAAUUAUUAUUCCCUCCUUGUAUGGUUUUAUAUUGGAAACCUUAAACUUUUAGGAUGUUUUUAUUUCCCUACCUAUGAUUUGAUUGAUUUUGAAAACAUGUUUUUCACCUCUUUUCACGCAAAAGAGAGAUUUUGACAGGCUGAAGGAAGAUUUAUCACUUUACCAUUCAGGUAGAAGAUUGUAUGAGCGUUUUUUUUUUUGCAUACAGAGCUUGACCAGUUUAGGUUUUUGCCCACGUUACAGGUGCAAUCUAAUUCCUGGUCAGUGAAAACCUAAAAACGUCUUAAUUGUUUUUGUCGCACAAGAAAUUUUUAGGUUUUUAUUUUUUUUUUUUACUAAAAACUUCUUGCUGCAGUCUUCUACGGCUGAAUCUUAAAUUCUAAUUUGACUUAUUAUUCCCUCCUUGUAUGGUUUUAUAUUGGAAACCUUAAACUUUUAGGAUGUUUUUAUUUCCCUACCUACGAUUUGAUUGAUUUUGAAAACAUGUUUUUCACCUCUUCUUGCAAGAAAGAAGAGAUUUUGACAGGCUGAAGGAAGAUUUAUCACUUUACCAUUCAGGUAGAAGAUUGUAUGAGCGUUAGUUCUCCGUAGACAUGGGCAUUGUCUGCCCAACAGAAGGCCUCAGAGUCCCCCCCCCCCGUGAAGACCCCACUGUUGUCGCAGAAGCCGUUGUUGCUGUUGGGUGCCGAGUGCAGCCGCUACGUCAACCUUGUAGAACUUUGUGCAUAUUUUUAUUUGUGGCGUUGAAAUAACCGCUGUGUCGUCCUGCACGCCCGGCAGGCGCGUGUCGGUGUCUAUGAAGUAAACGUUGUCCCGUCGUGUGUCCGUGACUGACGAUAGCAUGUGCUCCGCUGCACAUGUGCAGUUCUGUCAUGUCAGUUUUGUGCAUGCAUCUGCAAGUGUUGAAAUGUCUAAAUCUGUAAAUGACCUUUUGUAUUACGUUCUCCGUGGCCGUCUCUGUCUCUCGCCCGGAGGCCCCGAUGGCCUCGGCUCUUAAUUCUCCUCAUUACUGAUGUUAUUUGUACCUUCUUAAAGAAAGACACUGUAAAUAGAAACUUCAAGACCAAAAUACACAUCACACGUGUGCCUUGACGCAUUCAGUAGCAGGUGUAUUGGUAAUCCUCGAUUAACUGGACUUGCAGUAACUUUAUUUCUGACAUUCAAGACUUUGUUUCACUUUAUUCUUCCUUUCUUGUAUUUUUCUUUCAAUUUCCUACCAUGUGUAUGUAUAGAAAGAUUGUCUAUUUUAUACUUUUUGUCUUCUUGAUUAAAAAUAUUUCCACUAUGA